CGGCCCUUUGUGCCGCACAUCCCCUUUGAUUUCUAUGUCUGCGAAAUGGCUUUCCCCCGCGUAAAACCUGCCGCUGAUGAGACUGCGUUCAGCGAAGCCUUGCUGAAGAGAAACCAGGAUCUCGCUCCGACCGCUGCUGAACAGGCUUCCAUUCUUUCUCUGGUGACCAAAAUAAACAACGUGAUUGACAAUUUAAUUGUAGCGCCAGGAACGUUUGAAGUGCAAAUCGAGGAGGUUCGCCAAGUGGGCUCCUACAAGAAGGGCACCAUGACAACAGGGCACAACGUGGCUGAUCUGGUUGUGAUUCUGAAAAUCUUACCCACCUUGGAAGCUGUGGCAGCCUUGGGAAACAAAGUCGUGGAAAGCCUGAGAGCGCAGGACCCCAGCGAAGUCCUGACCAUGCUGACCAACGAGACCGGCUUUGAGAUCAGCUCGGCCGACGCGACGGUGAAGAUCCUUAUCACCACGGUGCCGCCCAAUCUCCGCAAGCUGGACCCCGAACUACACUUGGACAUCAAAGUGCUGCAAAGCGCCCUGGCUGCCAUCAGACACGCUCGCUGGUUCGAGGAGAAUGCUUCGCAAUCCACGGUGAAGGUCUUAAUCCGGCUGCUGAAAGACCUGAGAAUUCGAUUCCCUGGCUUUGAGCCCCUCACACCGUGGAUUCUGGACCUGCUGGGGCAUUAUGCCGUGAUGAACAACCCCACCAGGCAGCCCCUGGCUCUCAACAUCGCCUACAGGCGCUGUCUUCAGAUCCUGGCCGCGGGGCUCUUCCUCCCUGGAUCUGUUGGUAUCACCGAUCCCUGCGAGAGCGGGAAUUUCCGAGUCCACACAGUUAUGACCCUGGAACAGCAGGACAUGGUGUGCUACACCGCACAGACGCUCGUCCGCAUUCUCUCUCACGGAGGCUACAGGAAAAUCCUCGGCCAAGAAGGUGACGCCAGCUACUUGGCUUCUGAAAUGUCCACGUGGGAUGGAGUGAUAGUGACGCCUUCUGAGAAGGCUUACGAGAAGCCUCCGGAGAAGAAGGAAGGAGAAGAGGAAGAAGAAAAUCAGGAAGAACCCGCUACAGGCGAGGAGGAGGAAAGCAUGGAGACACAGGAGUGA